GCAAGACGUACGACAUGGUGGACGACCCUUCGACGGACUCGAUUGUGUCGUGGAGUCCAACAAACAACAGCUUCAUUGUUUGGAACCCUCCGGAGUUCGCCAGAGACCUUUUGCCCAAACACUUCAAGCACAAUAACUUCUCCAGCUUCGUUCGCCAGUUAAACACCUACGGGUUAAGUAUCUAAAUUCCAAAAUCAAGUAGUUGAUUGUGGGAUUUUGUGGUGUUGUGGCACCGUGGCUCGUUAUGCAUCCCCUUGCAUGCGCAGAGCAAUGCAUCAUCACAUUUUCAUAAAGCUGUUCUUGCAGCCCCAAGUUUUUUCAAAUUAUGGCAUUAUUGUGGCAUCACAGUCACUACCGAUGAAUCAUGAAUUCCAUCUUGGCCCCCUCUGCUUCGGCAGACUUCAUGGCAUUCUUUGCUCUUGUUUGUAGCAACUCCUGUCCUGUUCUUCCCACCUUUGUUCUCAAGGGAUUUAGAAAGGUAGACCCGGAUCGCUGGGAAUUUGCAAAUGAGGGAUUUUUAAGGGGUCAAAAGCACUUGCUUAAGACUAUAUCUCGGCGGAAACCUGCCCAUGGUCAUAAUAAUCAACAAGCACAACAAGUACAUGGACAGAGUUCAUCGGUUGGGGCUUGUGUAGAAGUUGGUAAGUUUGGACUUGAGGAAGAGGUUGAGAUUCUCAAGAGAGAUAAGAAUGUGCUCAUGCAAGAGCUUGUGAGAUUGAGGCAGCAGCAGCAAUCUACUGAUAACCAGCUGCAGACUAUGGUUCAGCGCCUUCAGGGAAUGGAGCAACGACAGCAACAAAUGAUGUCAUUCCUUGCAAAGGCUGUUCAGAGCCCUGGUUUCUUAGCUCAGUUUGUACAACAGCAAAAUGAUAGUAAUAGACGCAUAACAGAGGCGAACAAAAAACGUCGACUGAAGCAGGAAGGUAUUGGUGAAAUGGAACAUACAGCUGCUUCUGAUGGGCAAAUUGUUAAAUAUCAACCUCUGAUAAAUGAAGCAGCAAAAGCAAUGGUAAGGCAGAUAAUGAAAUUGGAUGCUUCUCGACUAGAAUCUUUCAGUAAUAACCCCGAUAAUUACUUGAUUGGUGAUCAUUCAUCACCAUCCAGUGAAAUGGACAGGGGAAACUCUUUGACUCGAUCUUCUGGAGUAACACUUCAAGAGGUCCCUCCAACUAAGUUGCAGUCUUCUCAUGUUCCAUCUGCAACAAGGACUCAAGGGCAGGGCCAUUCAACUGGAAAACCUGGGAUUCUAUCUUCUCCCCAAGUUGCAGCCUGUGGAGAAGUUACAUAUCCUAAUAUAAAUGUUUCAGUUGGAGAACCUAAUGCACCUGCUAUCCCUGUUACUCACACAGAUGAAAUCAUGCCGGACCUUUCUACAAUACCAGAUAUAGUGGCAGGAAACAUUCUCGAUAUUCCUCAAGAAAAUUAUAUGGCACCAGAAACUGGUGGUGACGGAUACAUGGAUCCUGCUUCAUUUGGAGUGAAUAUGUCACUGCCCCUUGAUUUUGAUAGUAUUUCACCUGAACCAGACAUCGAUGAUUUGUUGAACUAUCCUCACUUUUGGGAUGAUAUUGUGCGAACUCCGGUAUCAGAGGAUUUUGAAACGAAUGGUGCUGAAGUAUUGAAUGAGAAUGAGGUGCAACCAACUGAAAAUGGAUGGGAAAAAUCUCAAAAUAUGGACCUACUUACUGAACAGAUGGGCUUACUUUCUUCUGAUGCAAAAAAAAAUUGAAUGUCUUAUGAAAUGUACAUUAAUAAUUGAUAUUGUUCAAGGUAACCUCGUCUUAUCCCCAACAAUGAGUGAUGUUCUUUUACUACUAAUUAGUAAUUACACCUGCAAGUGCUCGCUCAGAACUAACAUGGAUUUUGUUUAGUCUGGCUUAAUUUGUGCAUAUCAGACCAAAACUAAUUGUCUUGUUGUAGACUGAUAUUGAUUUUUUCCUUAUAUUGUAUGAAAUUUUAAUUGUGAACU